UAGUUGAGAACUUGGCCUUGGAGUGUGUAGCUGCAUCUGUAACUCUGACGUUCCCAUUGAUGACCAAUUCUUUUUAUUGUUAUUUUUACAGAAAGGACAAACUAUUGAUAUCUUGUGUGGUGACUCAGGAACAAUUUGUUCUUCACAGGGGCAGGUCUUCCAGCAAUAACAAUGGAUGUUGAAACCAACAGCGACAGUGGAGCUGCUUAUCAUGACACCAGUGUACCACCACCCCAGGGUGUCUCACAAUUACCCAGAAACCAGAAAUUCAAUGAUGUUCCUCAAAGCAUUCCAAAGAUUGAUGAUAAUUCACUAACCAAUCAGAAUAUUAGUAAUGUUCCCCCAAGUAGUCAAACAUCAGAUGAUGUUUCAGUAAUGAGUCAGAAAGCUGAAGAUAUUUCUGUAAGUGGUCAGAAGGUUCAGGAUAUUUCAGUAAGCAGUCAGAAAGUUGAGGAUGUGUCUCUAAACAACACCAAAACCAAUGAUGUCUCAUUGAAUGGAGAAAUAACUGAGAAGAUACAGGCAGAGGAUAAUAACAAGAGUAAGACAGAACAAAAUGGAUUACAAUUAGAUGAUAAAUCUGUUGUGCAGGAAGAAGUAAUUAUACAAAAAGAAAAGGAGGCAAAUGAAGAAUCAAGUGAAGCAAAUUUGAGAAUGAAGGAAGAUGAGGAGCUAAGAAAGUAUAAUAGAAAAAUACCAGAAGAACGAUCUGCUGUGAAAAAGGACAAAAUUGAUGAGCAUUUUGAUAGGUUACCAUGGGUGUUUGGAGCAAUAGGUCGAGUCCUUAACUUGGGUGUCAGCUAUGGACCACAAUUUGCACCCAUUAACAUACCACUGAGACGAAGAUUUCAGACGUUUGCCGUUCUGUUCUGGAUGUCAACCUUCCUCUUCUUGGGUGCUAGUUCGACCCUUUUCCUGCUUUACCUCUUCUUCUAUACUAAAUAUUGGUGGGUCUCCCUCUGCUACUUGACGUGGUUCCUGGGAGAUCGCACCGUCUGUAACAGAGGUGGUAGGAGGUUUGAAUGGUUGAGACGCUGGGGUCUGUGGAAACAUUACCGAGACUUCUUCCCAAUUCACCUUAUAAAGACUGCUGACCUCGAUCCUUCCAAGAAUUACAUUAUGGGCUACCACCCCCAUGGUGUCCUAUCUGCUGGAGCAUUUUGUCAUUUUGCCACAGAAGGAACAGACUUCAGUAAGACUUUCCCGGGCUGCAUUCCUCACCUGCUUACUUUGGAAGGCCAUUUCCUCCUCCCCUUCUACCGAGAGUUCUUCAUGGCCUCUGGUGCAGUGAGUGCUACAAGGGAGAGUAUGGACUACCUGUUAGGCCGAGAAGGUUCUGGCCGUGCCCUCUGCUUGGUAGUAGGUGGGGCUAAGGAAUCACUUGAUUGUCACCCCGGCUCGGUUGUGUUACACCUCAACAAACGUAAAGGUUUCUGCAAGAUGGCUCUCAGACAUGGGGCUUCACUUGUACCAAUGUUUUCUUUUGGUGAAAAUGAGAUUUACGACCAAAUUGCAAAUCCCGAGGGUUCAUUCGUACGUCGCUUUCAAAAUGCUCUCCAAAAACUCAUUGGCUUGGCUCCAUGUAUGUUUAUUGGCCGAGGCGUGUUUCAGUACAGUUUGGGUAUUGUUCCCUUCCGCAAGCCCAUCUAUACUGUUGUUGGCACUCCAAUUGAUGUCCCCUUGGUGAAGAACCCCACUAAGGAGGAAAUUGUGGGUUUACAUGAGACUUAUGUCAAUGCUGUGAUUGAUCUCUAUAACAAGUACAAACACAAGUAUUCUGAGUUCCCAGAAUGUGACAUUAAGAUUGUUUGAAGAAGACAAAACUAAUUCCAGCUUUUAAGUUUGAAAGAGCUUAUGAAUGAACAUUUUAAAGUAUAAUUAAAUACUGCAUUUGUUUGAGUAUGUCUUGCGUGCAAGAAAUUUGAGGCUGCAUUACAGCCAGGUAUUUUAUGAAUUUGGGGGCAUUAUUAAUUCUAAGUAUAUUUGCUUUAUCUAACCAUCAUCUUUGGGACCAUAAUUUAUCUUGCUUUCCAAAUCUAAAAAUCUAAAAAUUUGUAGAGAAUUUUAGAACAAUGUCUUGUGGCUGCGAUCAUGCAGCAUUGCCUUAAUAUUUUAAUUAGAUUAAAUACAUGUGGAAUCCUGUGGUAAAUUCAAAAUGCCUUAAGAAAAUUGCAAUGUUUAUAGAAAUGUAAGUUGUGGAAUUUAAAAUUUACGGACGGUAAUUGCUUAUUUGUGGGGGGAAAAAGUGACAGUUAUAAGCAGAAAAAUGUAAGUGGAUAAUGGUUGGUUAGGAAAUUACCAAGAGUUUUUGUCGCAUCUGAGGAACUUGGUGCAAUAUAUGAAAUAGAUUAUUAUAUAUUUUUUGUUAAUAUUGAAGAUCAAUGCAAGAAUAUGUAGGUGAUAUUGUAUUUAUUACCCGUACUGUAAUAUUGUAUCUUCAUUAUAGAUUUAUAUGAAUAAGGUAUCAUGAAUUAUGUGGAAGUUAUUGAUAUAAGUUAGGAAUUACAUUAAACUUCUAGAAGAAUAAUGGAGGAAAUGUUUUCGUGCACAGCUCUGUGAUGAUCCCAACAAUAGAAGGCCUCGUCAUCUUGAAUUUUUUAAAGUAUAAUUCCCAGUACAGUACAGGACAGUAUAUAUCCUUGUAAGUAACCAGUGUAUAUUUGUACACAUGUCAUACAGUACUCUGACCAUAGAGCAAAAAUUUUAUUACUAUGUAUAUUUUAUUUUAUUUGUUAACUCUAUUUAGUUUUUAGAGGUUGGAUGGCAUGUUAUAUACGGUAUGUUUUUACACUAAUUUUUAAUGUAUUUUUUUAACUUAGAUUGUUAGUAAUAAUUUUAAUGUUGUUUUGAUGAUAAUUUUGGUUGUGAUUAAGCAGUACAAUAUUUUAUUGAUGACAAAAAGUUUGCAUCUUUAUUUAAUGCUGUCAUAAAGUGGGUUAUCCUUAUUCUUUUCUGUGAAUGACAUUUUCCUUUUAAUGAGUUUUUUGAUAAUAUACUUGCUGUUACCUGGUACUUACUGAGAUGUCCUGUAUGCUGAUCUAAGGUUUAAGGAAACACAGUUGAAUUUAAGCUUAUUUCCACUUUCUCUGUGUAAUUCUGGAGUAACGUAUAUAACUCGUAUGUAGAAUUAUAGGGACUGUAGAGGAAAUUAUGUAUUUGAUUACACUAUAACCUUCCUUUUAUACCUGUCACUAGAUUCAUUAUUACCAUGACAGAGUUGUGUAGUGGAUGUUGGGAAAUAAUUCACUCACUAUUUUAAUAUGCAUUUAGAGGUGGAAAAUUGUAUCAUCUUAUAGUUGGGAAAAUGAGAUUAAUUAUAUAACUAGCUUUAGGUAGUUAAGCUGAAGUAACUUACUGUAUAUCUGUUCCAUCUAGGAUAAGAUAUGACUGUUUUUAUUUUAAAGCAAUUUGUCUUCCCUUUAAAGGACAUUUUAGGGGUUUAUUAAUGGUACAAAACUGUUUUAGAGCUUGUGUGUGAACAGGGGAUGGUGAUCGUACAUUUAUGAGACCAAAGUCACUAAAGUUAGGUUAGCUGUGAAACUUUAACCUUUGAGACUGUGGUUAACAAAAGAAUAAAAAUUAUGAAUUAUUUACUUACAUUUGUUCAACUUUGGUGGAGUGUGAGUGAGUGGUGUGGGGCUGAGCUACGGUGCUAGGAGUGGUGGGGGCAGAUUACCACUAACAGUAUCGAAUAUGCCACUUCCAUGAUGACACAGGCAACUGAUUGGCCAUAUAAAUGUGUGGGUAGUGUUAGGAGGCUUACUAGGAAGGGACACAAGUCAAGUGUUUUGAAUGAUGCACAAUUUAAAAAAAAAUACAAAUUGUUUCUCAUGAUGCAUUUUGCAGUUGUACCGGUGGUCUCAUAAGAAACAUGUUGCCGUUAAAAGGAUGGCAAAAUAAAAUGCUAAUAUACAGAAUACCAAUAGUGAUUUUUGGUCCCAUAGAUGCACUGAUAUCUCCUGAACACACACACAAGCUCAAGAACAAUAUCAUGCCACUUUGAACUCCUGAAAUGACCUCUUAAGAAAAUUACUGUAGGUCAUCCAACUUUUUUGUCAGUAGCCGAUUCUUAUAGUAACUGUGUUCUUUGGUGGUGCUGAAAUAAUGAUAUUUUGGGUUGCUCUCUAUGCUAUUCUACUGUACCCAGCCAUUACUCUUCUUUCUUGAGGUGUUUGUUCCCCCAUUACUUUAACCCUCUGAAAAAAUGUCAAAGAGAAAUAAAGAUAUACUGUAUCUAUAUAAUUAGUUUUUACUGAAUAGGCAAGAAUUUGUUGUAAUUUUUGUUGAUGUACAGUAUUUUAUUUUUUUCUGUACUUGCUAAAUAUCAUAAUUAGUGAUGAAUUUGUUUACAAGAAGAAUUGCUGUUGCCUGUCAUUCAAGCCCAGUAACAUGCUUUUAUUUGAUCAUUGAAUUUAAUAUUUGUAGAGAAAUCUGUCAACCUUAAAUAUUCCAUAGUUUAUAAGGAAAAGGAUUUAUAUUAAAGCCUAUUUUAAAGGUAGAUAUAGUACAGUAUAUAGACAUAUGAUAUUGUUGAUAAAUGAAUUCCAGCUGCAUACCAGUAAUAUAGUUUAUGGUUAAGAAUCAUUGAAACGUUAUACUGUAUAUGAAUGCCACAUCUCAUUCCAAAGAUAUCCCUUCACCUAUUUUCACUGUUACCUGGAGUAUAGCCUUUUGAGAAAGAUGGUUUAAAAGGAAGUUGAUAUAACACCUUUAGCUCAUGGUUUAAUUACUAAAGAAAAGUUAUUAAACUGUGAGAAUGGUGGUUAAGCAAGAUGAUGGUUUAAUUGCAUGAUGAAAUGAUAGAUUAAUCAUCAUACUCAGUUGGUUAAGGUCUGAAUAUCUUGCUGUCCCAAAAUAUGAAAGAAAUUGGAUUAUAAAGUCACCCAAGUGAAACUAAUACAGGUAUCCCACGGUCUAAGAUCUCCCUAUCUACGAUAUUCUGCUUUAACGAUGGUGAUGUAUUAAAAUCUGGUCUCUUGAUUCUGGGAACUGUGCAUCAUAACAUAAAGGAUUUGCAAGAGUAACAGAAUAUGAGAGGCAAUUCUUGAAGUUUAUGGGUUGUGUUGGUUUAGUUCUAUGGAUUGAGUGACAGAAUCAUAUUUUAUUUGAACUUUUAUUCCAUAGGUUUUUGUUGAGUUUAUGUAAAGAUAUACCCGGUAUAUAUGUUGAAGAAAUAAAUGUGCCCAUUUAUCUUUAUGGAAAUGUAAUUGAAUUAUGCUGUAUGUGCAUUUGUGUAUAAUUGUUAAUUUAAAGAAGAAAUUAUAACUAUAGAUCAUGGAUGAUAAUUUUUUUUUGCACAUAGAACAACGUGAACACCAGAGCCUUGACAAAAUAGACUUGCCUAGGUUUUAAGUUCAUAUUUAGUGUGAAAAUUAGAAUGAAAAAUUUGUUGUUUUUGGGUGUUAUUUACUUUAAACAUUUGUCUGUAUUUAAGAAUUAAGGAUUUUUUCUUUCUACCACAAGUGUUCAUUUUUAGCUGCAUUAGUUGAUUUAAUAUCAUUCUAACUGACAGAGAUAACCUUCCAACCAACAUGAGCCAACAAUGUACAAUAUGUGGCCAACUCUUGGUUAUUCUUCUCUUAUGACAGUUUAAAAGGUUAUUUGAGGGUUCAGAGAUAGCAAGAUAUACUGGUUUUGAAAUUAUGUGUGUAUAAAAGAUAUUAAUAUGGAGUUUAUAGGUCAGAAGAUAACUGCUUCUUCCCAUUUGUAAACUUUUGUGGUGUUGAUCCUGGUACAAAAUUCCUUUGGAAUGGGGAAACAAAAAUGCCCAAACCAGAUGAAUUUUUGUUACAGUACAAUGUUUAGGGGUGACCCUAAAGGUUCACAUUUGGUAUGACAGUAGUCAAUUUUUUUCCCCAAAUCAUAUUACUGUACUGUAUUAAUGCCUUCUGUUCACGCAUGUCAGUAAUAACAGUAUCAUGCUAUCUUUAGAUCCUUGAGAUGAGCCUUUGUGUGCAGGACCCCUUCUGAGCUGAAUAAAAUCAUCUGGUUUUAGCCAAAUAAAUUUUUAAAAGUAGUGUGCCUGUAGUGAAGGGGUAAAUCUGCUCUGUAGAUAAAAUACUUAUGGCUCCUUGAAUAAAAAAAUACACCAUUGUUUAGAAAAACUCACUGAAUUUUGAAUGAAAAAGGACAGGGCUUUUACUACUUAAAUCCUGUCUUUAAUUUUUAGUGAAUAUUAUAUUUAAUAGUUACCAAUUUCUUCACUUCUCAUUGCCUUAUGUUACUAUGGUAAAUAUGAUACUUGUACACAGAUUACAGGUACAAUACUGUAAUUUGCUUGUAUCUCCAUGACACUGCAUUUAUUAUCAGGUUAAGGAGGAGGCUGGGUUUUAAUUGUGUGGUGUGAGGUUGUUGUUGUUGUUAAGUACAUGUUGUGUAAGUGAGAUACUGUAUUACCAUGAGUGAGUGGUUUACUGUGACCCCCCUGCCCCCUUCUUUUGUUGUACUCAGGAUUUAUCAUUGUUCAGUUAUGUACUAAGCUUGUGGUGUACAGUUAUUGCUGUGUUCACUUGUGUACUCGAUCUGUAGAGUAACAUUAUUGUUGUUUUUGUUCUGGUAUUCACCUAGAAUAUGUGGUGCUCAUUUGUGAUAAGUUGAUGUAAGUUCAUGUUGAAAGAUUGCCACCUGUAGGAACAAUUGUGAGUAUCAGAAAAGCAAAUCCCAGAGGUGACCUGGUUUCAGAAUAACAAGUAAUAAUUAUGAAAUAUACAUCAGUAACCACUAUGGCUGCUGUUGAGUUGUAUUCUCAUACUUAUUGCAUUUUUGGGGGGUUAUGAAAAGUUCUGUAUUUUAAGUUCAUAGAUGUGAAUAGUUUAAAUAUUUUCCUUAGAUAAAACCAAAAAUAUACCUAUUAAACUAGACAUGUAUUUUUGAUGGACAGCAAAGAAAGUUUUCUGUAGACUUAUCAGAGUCUUAUGACAACUGAAUACUUCCAGUACACAUGUCAAGUGUUUUGAUUAAGUUUACAUUUACUGAUAUAGAGGAUUUAAGGUGUUUUAAGAGGUGAGCUGUUCAGAUUCCUUGUAGUACAGUAGUUUCAUUUUAAAAUAUAAAUAAUUAAUACAACUUGUCUUCUUCAGGCCAUUAUGCCACAGCAAAUCAAAACAGAUUAUGGAGGAGACUUAAAUGUAUGAAAAGGUACCAUAUACAGUAUAUUAUACAGUACAGUAUAUGUAAUAUCCCUUGAAGUUCUUUAGUGUUUUUAAAUGCAGGAUUAUGAUCAUGAUAAGGGAUUUAGUUGUCUCCCUAUCUCACAAAGUUAGGACUCUUGGAUAAUAGCACAAAAUACGUGUAUACUGUAUAGGAGUGCAUGUGAUACUGAAUAUUGAUUUUUGGUGCUAGCUCAGCUUGUCAACAUGAAUUAUGUAGGAGACUCGUAAGGGUGAACAGAAAAGUGGGGUUGAUGAAUAACUGUGUACUAAUACAGACAGAUGUAUUCUCUUGUGGAUGCAUUCCUGUAAUGGAAAUUUUUUCUGCAAUAAAGUAAAAUAGUUUG